CCGCUGCUGUCCAACCUGGCUGUAGCGCAGGAGCACCGGGGGAAGGGAGUGGGGAAGGAGCUGAUCAGGGAGUGCGAGGCUGAGGUGGUAAGGAUGGGGUUCACGGAGCUGCUGCUCAAGGUGGACCAUACCAACGAAGGGGCGUACAGGCUCUACCGAAGGCUCGGGUAUGAGGAGAUG